GAACCUCAUUUCUCUUAAUUAGUAGCAAUUCAUUGCAAACAAUGGCGCCUCUGUGACGCGGGUAGAAAAGAGAGUGAGAGAAUAUUUUAACUUUAUGUGAAUGAAACACACUGGAUACAUCACCAAACCCUAAUGUUUCUCUCACCCUCACAAAAUAUCUUAUCUUUAUAGCAUUUCUAGAUUUACAGAAGCUUCCUUCAGAUUCACAAUCUGAUCAAACACACACAAAUGAUCUAAAGAAGAAACUAGAACCCUACUACACAAUCAAAUCACAACCAAACAAGAUAGCAAAAGUUUCCUCUUUAUAUUCUCUUCUCUUAACUCCUUUCUUCUUCUUGUUCUUGAGGAAUCUAGGGUUUGAUUUUUUUUCUCAAAAAGAAAAGGUCUUUCAUCCAAAAAAAGCAAAACCCAGCUCGUGUUUGUGUGUGUGUGUGUCUGUAUAUAGAUAAACAUUUACAUCCCCUAAUAAGGUUACAUAUCAAAAUGGGAAGGGGAAGAGUAGAGCUAAAGAGGAUAGAGAACAAGAUUAACAGACAAGUAACGUUUGCUAAGCGUAGGAACGGUUUGCUGAAAAAAGCUUAUGAGCUUUCUGUUCUCUGCGAUGCUGAGGUUUCUCUCAUCGUCUUCUCCAACCGUGGCAAGCUCUAUGAGUUCUGCAGCACCUCCAACAUGCUCAAGACACUGGACAGAUACCAGAAGUGUAGUUAUGGUUCAAUUGAAGUCAACAACAAACCUGCCAAAGAACUCGAGAAUAGCUACAGAGAGUAUUUGAAGCUGAAAGGUAGAUAUGAAAAUCUGCAACUUCAGCAGAGAAAUUUACUUGGAGAAGACCUUGGACCUUUGAACUCAAAAGAGCUAGAGCAGCUUGAGCGUCAACUAGACGGCUCUCUGAAGCAAGUUCGCUGCAUCAAGACACAGUAUAUGCUUGACCAGCUCACUGACCUCCAAGGCAAAGAGCAUAUGUUGCUCGAAGCCAAUAGAGCUUUGUCAAUGAAGCUGGAAGAUAUGAUAGGCAUGAGAAGUCACCACGUAGGAGGGACAUGGGAAGGCGGUGAUCAGCAAAAUGUUGCCUAUGGACAUCAUCAGACUCAAUCUCAGGGACUGUUCCAGUCUCUCGAAUGUGAUCCCACUUUGCAAAUUGGGUACAACCAUCCAGUGUGUUCAGAGCAAAUGGCUGUAACGACUCAAGGUCAGAUCCAACCAGGAAACGGCUACAUCCCUGGCUGGAUGCUCUGAGUGAUGCAUGCUUCUAAUCUAAUGAUGAGAACAAGCUGGAUCUUUAAGCGUUCAAGUGGUGGGUUCUUGAUGAUGAAAAUGAGAUAUGGAUUAUAUUAGUACGGAAUGUAAUGAAUUGUGUUUAUGUAAUGACAUAAGUGGCUAUAUAUAGUCGUGAUAGCCUUCAACACCACUCUUCUGUUGCAGAAGAUGUUUGUGCCUUUUGAAACCUUGCUUACGGAUUGUAAUGUGUGAAAUGUUAACAUUGCUAACAGUAACUGCAGAGACAGCUUGCAAAAGAGGCAAAUAAGCUCUCAAAUUAACAAUGAGAUUUCAACACUUCACACAA